AUGAAGCCUUACGGCUUGUUAACUGUUUUCAGAAUUAAAGGAUUUCCAAACUCUUGUGCGUUUGUUCCACGUAGAUACCGUUAUAAGACGAAAUGGGCAGUAAACCAGAAGGAAAUGCCCAACUGUCAGCUUGCACUGAGUAAUUUUGAUGCUUUCUACAAGCCUUACUUUGGUGACCAGUGGCCGUCCAUCAGAGUGUCUCUUCUAUCGUUACCAAAAUACUGUGCUGUAAUAAAUAAAUAUGGCAAUUCAGAGAAAAUAGCAUCACAGCUUGGCGACUUGAAUCUGAUAAAUUUUAUCGAUCGUGUUCGGAAAUUACAAGAUAAAAAAAAGAAUGAAAAAACAUUUAUGCAUUUAGAUGACAGUGAAGGAGAGCCUGAACUUACUCACAUUGAGAGUUUGUCUGCACCAAACAAUCAGCAGGUUUCAAGUAGCUCUGUCAGCACUAGUGAUGAUUCCAUGAACAUGUCUCCACACUCUAGCAAUGAUAAUGAGGGAAAUCUUGAAGAUGAGUAUUUGAACAGUCAAAACAUCAAUGUUUUUGUCCCAACUGAACAGUUCUAUUCAGAGAGGGAUAAACUUCUUCGAGAAGAGAUGAGUAUAAAUUCUUUCCAGAAUUUGGAUGAUAAUUUUGAAAUACGACCCUUUGAGGCUCUGAACAUAUCGCAACAUUUGAAUGCUUAUGUAUUUCCAAGAGCAGAUGUGUCGAUGUUUCCACAAGCAAAAUCUCAUAACAGAAUAAUUGGAUAUUACCUAAUGGAUGCAGCAUCAGUGAUACCAGUGAUUGCCUUAGAUGUUCAACCAACAGACAAAGUUCUAGAUCUUUGUGCCGCACCAGGAGGCAAAUCAUAUACCAUUCUUCAGUCUCUUGACGUGUAUGCAGGAGGAAGCCUCACUUGCACCGAUUCAUCUCCAGGCCGCUUAACUCGUUUGAAAGAUGUUUUGUACUCAUUCUUCCCUGCUGAUGUUGCCGAAAAAAUCAGUGUCACCAAGCUGGAUGCUACAGAGUUAUUUCAGCCUCGGUUUAACAAGGUGCUGGUUGAUGCUCCCUGUAAUUCUGAUCGUCAUGCUGUAACGGAGGAUGACAACAACCUGUUCAAACUUUCUCGCACCAGAGAUCGACUAGGAUUGAUAGAGACUCAGAAGAAACUUCUCAUUUCUGGAAUCAGGUGCUGUGUUCCUGGAGGCACGAUUGUUUACUCCACCUGCACCCUGUCCCCUGCUCAGAAUGACCAUGUUAUUCAGGCAGUAAUUGAGGCACUGUCUGGAAACUCUGAGAUUGAGGUUGCAGUUUAUGAUCUGUCCCCCCUCACAAAACUGUUCAGCAAGGUUUUCAAAUUCUACAAACAGUCAAAAUAUGGACAGCUAAUACUUCCAGAUCUUAUGAAUAACUUUGGGCCUACUUAUGUUGCAAAGUUGAAACGUAUAAAAUAA